UACAUGCGUCCUGAGUGCUGCGGGAGCGCGUAGAGCCUCAUCGAGAACGCGAGUCAGAAGCAGAUCAGACAGCAGGUCGCUCGGUCGUCGAGCCGAGACACGGACCGCACUGAGUACCGGAGGAGGGAACACGGCAGACCUGCAGUAGCAGCAGCACCGGCGGAGGCAGCAGCAGCGGUUUCUUCCCCUUGUGGACUAACGCUAUAACGGAGAGUUUUUAUUGUUUUUACUCGGACGGACAGGGUCACCAGCGCCGUCCACCAUGUCGGGGAACAGGGAGGAGGAGAGGAGGAAACUGGCCGACAUCAUCAACCACUGGAACGCCAACCGGCUCGACCUGUUCGAGAUCAGCCGCCCCACUGAGGACUUGGAAUUCCACGGUGUGAUGAGGUUCUACUUCCAGGACCGCGUCGCCGGCAACUUUGCCACCAAGUGCAUCAGAGUCUCCAGCACGGCAACAACGCAGGACGUCAUCGAGACGUUAGCGGAGAAGUUCAGGCCGGACAUGAGGAUGCUCUCCUCGCCGAAAUACUCCCUGUACGAAGUUCACGUCAGUGGCGAAGAGCGUCAGCUGGACCUGGACGAGAAGCCUCUGGUUGUUCAGCUGAACUGGAACAAAGACGACAGAGAAGGACGCUUCGUCCUGAAGAACGAGAACGACAUCCAGCCUAAGAAGAGCCAGAGUAACGGACCCGAGAAGGAGAAGGAUGGAGUGAUUCAGAACUUCAAGAGGACGCUGUCCAAGAAGGAGAAGAAGAAGGAGAAGAAGAGGGAGAAGGAGUUUGCCCGUAUCCCCGACGGAGAUGAUCAGACGCUCAGCCGAGAGGACGGGGAAAACAGUCGCCUGGCAGCGGAGGUCUACAAGGACAUGCCCGAGACCAGCUUCACCAGGACCAUCUCCAACCCAGAGGUGGUGAUGAAGAGGAGGCGUCAGCAGAAGCUGGAGAAGCGCAUGCAGGAGUUCAUGAGCAGCGACGGGAGGCCCGACUCAGGAGGAACUUUGAGGAUCUACGCCGACAGUCUGAAGCCCAACAUCCCCUACAAGACCAUCCUGCUCUCGACGAGAGACACGGCCGACUUCGCCGUGGUGGAGGCGCUGGAGAAGUACGGCCUGGAGAAGGAGAACCCCCGAGAGUACUGCAUCGCCCGGCAGGACGAUAAGUCGGGGAAGGAGGCGAUUCUGGACGACGCCGAGUGUCCACUGCAGAUCUUCAGGGACUGGCCUGCGGACCGAGGAGCGCUCGUGUUCCAGCUGAAGAAGAGACCUCCGGACUACCAGGGCAGGAAGGGAAGGAAAGGGGACGAGAAGGGUCUGAGAGGGAGGGAGGGCAGCAGCAGCUCACUGCCGCCCGAGAAACUGCCUUAUCUGGUGGAGCUGAGUCCAGGGCGAGGGAAUCACUAUGCCUACUACGCAUAUCGGCACCACGAAGACGGCUCCGACUCGCGAGACAAACCAAAGCUUUACCGGCUUCAGUACAGCAUCACUGAGGUCGGCUCCGACUGCACAGAUGACGGAGCCAUACAGCUGCUAGGUCCGGGGAUCCUUCCCCACCACUGUAACCUGAUGCACAGCGAGGGCAUGGUGACGGUGACGCCGCACGGCCCCGACGCCGACACCUUCGUCGACGGGCAGCGGAUCGCCGAGACGACGGUGCUGCGCCCGGGCUCCACCCUCCAGUUUGGCUCCGCACAUGUGUUCAAGUUCGUCGACCCGAUGUUCGACCAGGGCGGCAAGAGGGAGCCGGCGGCCAUGAUGAGGAGCCGACACAAGUCCGGCAGCAGCGUACCUGAAACCACCUUUGACCUUCAAGGAGACGUCCACAGUGGAGCCGCCCUGCCCACCAGCAAGAGCUCAGGAAAACUGGAGAUGGAGAGAGGAAUGGUCAAACCCAUGAUCAGAGGAGAGCAGCAGGACAACAGGUCUCAGGACAGCUCAGCCGACAGGACAGAGAUGACUCUUCCAGCCAGCAUCGAGUUCAGAGAAAACUCUGAAGAUACCUUCCUGUCGGCCAUCAUCAACUACACCAACAGCUCCACGGUCCACUUCAAACUGUCUCCCACGUACGUGCUGUACAUGGCCUGUCGCUACGUCCUGUCGCCGACGUACCGGCCGGACAUGUCGGCGUCGGAGCGCACGCACAAGGUCAUUGCCAUCGUGAACAAGAUGGUGAGCAUGAUGGAGGGCGUCAUCCAGGAGAUCCGUGAUGGGGAUCAGAAGCAGAAGAACAUCGCAGGAGCGCUCGCCUUCUGGAUGGCCAACGCCUCCGAGCUGCUCAACUUCAUCAAGCAGGACCGCGACCUGAGUCGCGUCACGCUGGACGCUCAGGACAUCCUCGCCCAUCUGGUCCAGAUGGCCUUCAAGUACCUGGUUCACUGUCUCCAGGGCGACCUGAAUAAUUAUAUGCCGGCUUUCCUGGACGACCCAGAGGAGCAUAAUCCACAAAGACCCAAGAUAGAGGACGUCCUCCACACCCUGACGGGCGCGAUGUCGCUGCUGCGGCGGUGUCGCGUCAACGCCGCCCUGACCAUCCAGCUCUUCUCGCAGCUCUUCCACUUCAUCAACAUGUGGCUGUUCAACAAGCUGGUGAAGGACAAGGACUCGGGCCUCUGCUGCCACUACUGGGGCGCCAUCCUGCGGCAGCAGCUGAGCCACAUCGAGGCGUGGGCCGAGAAGCAGGGGCUGGAGCUCGCCGCCGACUGCCACCUCAGCCGAAUCGUACAGGCCACCACGCUGCUGACCAUGGACAAGUACUCCAUGCAGGAUGUGCAGAACAUCCACAACACGUGCUUCAAGCUCAACUCUCUGCAGCUCCACGCCCUCAUGACCAACUACCACUGUGCUCCAGACGAGCCUUACAUCCCACCCGAGCUGAUCGAUCACGUGGUGGCCGUAGCAGAAAACACAGCAGAUGAGCUGGCGAGGAGCGAUGGGAGAGAGGUGCAGCUGGAGGAGGAUCCGGACCUCCAGCUGCCCUUCCUCCUCCCCGAGGACGGCUACUCGUGCGACGUGGUGCGCAGUCUCCCCAACGGCCUGCAGGACUUCCUGGACCCCCUGCUGCAGAGAGGUUUCUGUCGGUUGACGCCACAUCCUCGCUCCCCCGGUACCUGGACCGUGCACUUUGAAGGAGCCGACUGUGACAGCCACUUCUCUGCGGUUGACAACUCUGAGAUGCCAAUGAGGAAGGAGCCGGAGGUUGUCACGGUAACCCUGAAGAAGCACAACGGCAUGGGCCUCAGCAUCGUGGCCGCCAAGGGUGCUGGUCAGGAGAAGUUGGGCAUCUACAUCAAGUCCGUGGUGAAAGGAGGAGCCGCUGACAUGGACGGUCGUUUGGCUGCAGGCGAUCAGUUGUUGAGCGUGGACGGGCGCAGUUUGGUCGGCCUAUCACAAGAGAGGGCGGCCGAGCUGAUGACGAGGACGGGCUCAGUCGUGACUCUGGAAGUUGCCAAACAGGGCGCCAUUUACCACGGCCUCGCCACUCUGCUCAACCAGCCGAGCCCACUGAUGCCGAGAGCCGCCGACCGAGGCCGCGACAAGAACGGGAAGCUGCGACCAAAGAGCGAGGGCUUCGAGUUGUACAACAGCUCGGUGCAGAACGGCUCCCCGGAGAGUCCGCAGCCUGGCUGGGACUGUUACCCCGAACCAAAGAAGAUGAGCAGCGAAGACCGGCUCCUGAAGAACCGCGCCGACCACCGCUCCAGCCCCAACGUAGCCAAUCAGAAUCAGAGUCCUGCAGGGAAGGCGGUUUACCCCGGAGGACCCGGCACCAAGAUCACCUCCGUCUCCACGGGCAACCUGUGUGCCGACGACGAACCGCCGUCUCCUCGUCCUGAAGCGUAUCCCAUCCCCACGCAGACCUACUCCAGAGAGUACUUCACCAUCCCGGCCUCCAAGAGCCAGGACCGCGUCGUCGUCGGCCCCGGCCAGGCUCCCGGGCAUUGGCAGGGCAUGGACGACAGAGUAGAGCGCCUCCCUGUGGUCGAGAACAUCCACAACAGCAUGCAGCGGGUGAACCACUCUCAGGAGGACCUGUAUCCUCCACCAGGGGGCAUGAGGCCAGACGAGCGCAUGCAGCCACACUACCAGCAGGACUACCAGCACCGGGACCUGGACUACCAGCACAGAGAUCUGGACUAUCCGAGAGGUCCACCAGGAGGUGUUGUCGGUCCAGACCACUGGGCCCCGCAGCCGCAGGUGUCCUCCUCGCUGGAAUCGUCCACGUCCAGCCAGGAGCACCUCAACUUCUCGGCCUCCUCGUCCUCAUCCAACAAGGGCGGGAACCAGAAGACCGGGCCGGGCCGGUGGAAGACGCCCAACGCCCCGCACGCCGUCCCGCCUCACACUGUCCAGCAGCCUUCGCGCUCCGACCUGCCCCCACCUCCCCCGCCGCCGCCAGCUCCGUACCCAGACGCCUACGACCCGUACGAGCCUCAGCCCGAGCUGCCGCUGCCGCCGCCCCCCUCUGCGGUCACGCCUGCCGCAGCCCAGCAGGUGGCGGACCGCAAGAAACGCGAGGAGCAGCAGCGCUGGUAUGAGAAGGAGAAAGCUCGACUGGAGGAGGAGAGGGAGAGGAAGAGGAGGGAGCAGGAGAGGAAGUUGGGUCAGAUCCGGGCCAAUCCGGUCAUGCCGGUCCAACCUCACAACAAUGGAGGAACUCUGCCUUCUCCUCCUCACCACCAGCAGCCGCCCAUGGCUUCUAUGGCUCCGCCUCAGCCAUAUCUGCCCCCACACCCUCAACCCCAGCCGCCCCCGCCCAGACCGGAGAAGCUGUCCAGCCUUCCGCGGUCAGCCGUUCCUCCACCUGCCAGCGCCUCCAACCCUGCAGGAAUGGACACGGUGAUCCGGGAGCUGCUCCCGCAGCAGCAGCCGCGUACCAUCGAGCGGCGAGACCUGCAGUACAUCACCAUCAAGGAGCAGCUUGCGUCCAGCGACAGCCUCUCCCCGGACCCGUGGAAGAGGGACGCGCGCGAGAAGGCCGAGAAGCAGCAGCAGCUUCACAUCGUGGACCUGCUGGACAAGGAGAUCCAGGAGCUGCAGGCCAAGCCGGACCGGACGGCUGAGGAGAGCGACCGCCUGAGGAAGCUGAUGCUGGAGUGGCAGUUCCAGAAGCGGCUGCAGGAGUCGAAGCACAGCGACGAGGACGACGACGAGGAGGAGGACGACGAAGAUGUGGACACCAUGAUGAUCAUGCAGAGGCUGGAGGCCGAGAAGAGAGCCAGGCAGCAGACUGCUGUCCCAGCUAUCUCUGUUCUAGACUUGUUGCAGGACGAGGAGCGGCGGCGUAAGCAGCAGCUGGAGGAGAUCCGUAAGCGCGAGGCGGAGGAGCGAGUGAAGCAGGAGGAGGAGCGGAGGUGGAGGGAGGAGGAGCGAGCGAGACGAGAGGCCGACGAGAAGAGGAGACAGGAGGAGGAGUACUACACUCGCCUGGAGGCAGAGCGGCGCCGGCACCACGAUGAGGCCGAGAGGCAGCUGCUGACCCCGGACGAGCCGGCCGGUCUGUACCGGCCCCCACUGCCCCGGGACUACCAACCCCCCGCCCCCCAACACCCUACUAACAUGCCCCCGCCCCCCCCACAGAGAAACACCUCCUACCUCAAAACCCAGGUCGCCUCCCCCGACACGCUCUACACCGCCAAGUUUGUCUCCUACGCGGGCGACGACGAAGACGAGGAGGAAGGCAAGAAAGCCUACAGAGCCGGGAACGGCGGCGGCGGCGUGCACUCCGGUCAGGCGAAGCUGUCGGCCACGCGGAAGUCGUACGGCGACCUCCCGGCCAACGUCUCGCCCAAUCACGGCAGGCCGCAGCCGCCGCCCACUGCGCGCAAGCCCCGCCCGCUUUCCGACGGCAUCUUCCUGUCCAGCUCGUUCCAGCCGCCGGUCCACAACUCCAACAGUACAGGUCCCCCCCUCCCCGCCAAACCCGGCUCAGUGGCCCCCGGAGGCCUUAAAGGAUUUAAUGCGUACACUGGAAACUCGGCAGGAGUUGUAGGAUCAGGUGAAGUCUACAAAGACCCACGAGACAAAUGGUCAAAGAGCAGUCAGGAGCAGGAGAACUCGGUCCCCGGUGGCGGCGGCGGCGCUCCUCCGGAGAGUCUGACCUUUAAGGAGCGCCAGCGUCUCUUCUCUCAGGGGAAGGAAGUUUCCAACAAAGUGAAAGCAUCGCGUAAACUCAUGGAGCUGGAGAACGAGCUCAACACCAAGCAGUGACUCCGCCCCCUUCCUUAAGUCUCUUCCUCUCGAAACACCUGCCAGCUCCACCUUAACACCCACAUCAUCAUCGCCACGGUAACGUUAAGGUGCUGCUGGGGUUUCAAAAAAAUCACUUCCUGACCACUUUAUUUUUUUAUUUUAUUCUAUGAAAAAAAAACUGGACCCGUCUUUUUUUCUUCUUCCCGUUUUUUCCUCCGUCACGGAUGUAUAACGAUUAAAAAAGCACUGUAAAAAAGUUUUAAUUAUAUUUAGUGAGAAUUGAGAAGCAAAGGAUAAAGGAAAAAAAGGGGGCGAGGUUAUAUUUUUGUUUGUAAAAAUGUUUUUUUUCUUCUGCGGGGGGAAAAAAAACAAAGGUUAAUUUCUCAUUUUAACCUUUACUUUUUAAAUAAGUAGCUACGUGAAAAUUUUAUGUCCUCACUUUUAAUUCCCUUCUGCUCUCCAGACCAGUCUUUUAUUUUCUUAAAUUCUCAGCGAGUGGAAACACUGUUAUUUCAUUCCGUAGCGACAAAAGCAUGGGAUUAUUUUUGAAUUUUUUUUUAUUAUUAUUCCAGUUUAUUUUUGUGAUGUUUUAGAGAUUAAAAAAAUAAAAGGAUCCCCCCCCAGGAGGAUUGUACAGUUUCCAGAGAAAGGAUCUUUAAAAAGUGCACAACAUUACUGUAAAUAUUCGGGGGUCCACGACUGUCUCACUCUUUUACUACUGUAGAAAAAAACCCCACCAGGCUACUAAAAUAAAAUAAAAACCUGCAAAACUAAUGUGACGUAACAGUGGAGGCGACAACGACGCGUCGUCCAAUUAUUUUAACGUUUUUUUGUCCCAAAAACUUUGAGGUGAUUUUUACUUUUAUUUUUUUUGCAGACUUGUGUGAAAUUUAAUCCAAUUAUAUCAUAAAAUUCAAGCCGGAGGAAAUAAAACGUUCACAAUGUGAUUUAAUGUUGGUUUUCACGACAGUUAUAACAAUAAAAAAAUAAGAAGACACUACUUUGUUGCUUUUACAGAUAUUUAUUUCAGACUUUGUGGGAAGAACAAACUCGCACAAAAACGUGUUUUAAACUGUUGAAUAUGUUUCGGUUGAGAAAGUGGGUCAAAGGUCGAGUUUUCAGUGUUUGUACAAAUGCACACAAGUUUCACAUCAUCACCGUCAUCACUGCUGCUGAUGUAGAAAACAAACGCACCUCUCCUGCCGUUUGUGUGUGCAUUCAUUUCUAAUUUUUUCCCCUCGUCACUAAAAGCGACAUUUGUGUGUUCCUCUCUCUACAAACAAACACAAACUCCUCCUCCUUGUUUUUAGGUUUGAAAAUGAACUGAAUCAUUUAAAUGGUUUUUUGUUUAGCCUUUUUGUAAAUCAUUAAUAAAUACAGAUUUUUCAACA